UUUCAGGUGUGUUUGGUGUUGAUGAAUUGAAGUCGGUGUCAGUGAUGGAGGGAGAUUCUGUCACUCUACACACUGAUGUUACUGAAGUACAGAGAAAGGAUCAGAUAGUGUGGAUGUUUGGACCUCAAGAGACUCUUAUAGCUCACAUCUAUAAGCAGAUCAUUGAUAUGUUUGAUAGUCAUGAGACAUUUGGAGACAGACUGCAGCUGGACAGACAGACUGGAUCUCUCACCAUCAGAAACAUCCAAAUCACAAACUCUGGACUUUAUAAACUAUUGAUCAUCAGUGGAGAAACUUCAUACAAGAGAUUCAAUCUUACUGUCUGUGCUCGUCUGCCAAUUCCCAUCAUCAGAGACUCUUCUCAAUGUUCUUCAAGCUCUAAAUGUGUGUUGGUGUGUUCAGUGGUGAAUGUGACACACGUGACUCUCUCCUGGUACAAAGGAAACAGUUUAUUGUCCUCCAUCAGUGUGUCUGAUCUCAACAGCAGUCUCUCUCUACCUCUGGAGGUGGAAUAUCAGGAGAACAACAUCUACAGUUGUGUAGUGUCCAAUUCAUUCACCAACCUGACCAAACCUCUCAACAUUACUGAUUCAUGUCAGACGUGUCCAGAUUCUGUCCAGUGUUGUGGUUCGACUGAAGCUGUGAUCCGAUUGGUCAUCUCUGCUGUGGUGGGCGUGGCUACUGUAAUUGUACUACUUUAUGACAUGAGAUCCAGAUAAUUUGAACAGUGGAGAGAACAGACAUCAUCAGUUCCUCACAGAUGCAGCAAACAGUUCUUCAAU